AUGAGCGAAGACGGGGAGAGACGCAGGCCCGAAGGGAGCCAGGGCCAUGGAGCCAGACAGACCCCCAAUGUCAAGCCGAAACUCAGCCAGAUAGGGACAAACAGAAAGGAGGACCAGCAGAAGAAGGAGAAGCCUGCAAAAGUGAGGAGAUCAAAGAGUACAGACUCAGAGAGGGGCAGGAGGAGGGAACAAGACAGGCACCAGGGAGAGAGGAGGCAACGGGGGAGGAGUGAAGAGGGCCGGGGGAGUGACAGGAAAGACAGAGGGAGCGACCGGAGAAAGGUGAAGUCCCCUGUAGAUGAUGUGGAGGACACUGAGUGCGCUGUGUGUUUCUGCACCUACGAUAACGUCUUCAAGACCCCAAAGCUGCUGGCGUGCGGACACACCUUUUGCCUGGAGUGCCUUGCUCGUAUCAACGUGACCUCUCCUGAGCUCAAGACCCUGUCCUGCCCUGUAUGUCGUAAGCUGACCGAGCUCCCCCACGGCAGGGACCUGCCCCGCCUGGGAAACAAUCAGGACAUCAUAGGCAAACUCCCACAAGACAUGCAGAGGGCACUGUCCAUCCGCUUUAAGCGUAGUAAGGGAAAACUUCUCCUUAAGAACCCUCCUCCUAAUAACCUGACCAAGCCUAAUGUCUUCACUCUGCCCAAAAGGAGUCAGGAUGCCCAGGUGACAGCUGGUGGUGACCUUCACUUGAGUGCAAUGGAGCAGGGAAUAGUCCCAGCCACAGUGGUAAACGUUGGCAGGCCUCCAAACAGGGUCAGAGGUCACCUAUGUAAUUUGUUCCACUCAAACCAGUGCUACUACGCCGCAGUGGCGUCCAUCAUCACCAUUACUGUGGCACUCAUGCUGGUGGGGAUUCUGGCCUUUGUGAUCGUACCAAAUGUGGUGAUUCACAGACCAAUGAACCAAACGUCACCGCAUCCCCAAGGUGAAUACGGCAGCGCUGAGACCCCUUAAAGGGGGCCGGGGAUGGACGGGCAGUAGCAAUGAAACAAAAGUGGAGAUCGAGAAUAUCACACAAAACUUGUUACGAUUCUCAGUGAUCUUUUUACCUCCCUUUU